AUGCCGCUAGGUUUGUUUGGAAACAAAUUCUCACCAAAGAAAACUCCACCGAGGCGUGCACAGUCACUGUCAAACCUGCACCUUGAUGCCACAGAAUCAAAAGCUGAGUUUGGCCUAGACUAUGGUGCCCUCAAAGUCAGUUUGGGUGGUAAUCAAGUUGCAUUUGAAAAUGGACUGUGGAUUACAGAGACAGGAGGUGGUGGAUCCAGUCAUAAAGAAGUCACACGAUUAAGAAAACAAAAUCAGACGCUGCAUGAAGAAAAUAACUUUCUCAAGCUAAAAAUUGACAUACUCCUGGACAUGCUUGCUGAACAGUCUGCAGUUUCCCACUUCCAUGAGAAUGAGGUCAGACAAUUACGAGAAGCCAAGCUAGGAACAAAGAAAAGAUAG